CGUUGAUACAUAAAGAUGGCUAACUCAACAGAUGUAGUACAACGUCUUCUUGUGGAAUCCGAUUGUGCCACCCUACCAAUUAUAUCGAAAGCGCUUAAUCAAGAUAUUAACGAAUCCAUAAAUGUUGUAUCUGAAUUUGCUGCUAAUAAAGAUGACGUCGCAAUUGUUUAUUCCGUAUCAUAUAAAGAUGACCAAAACAAUCUCGUCUUAUCGCACAAAACAAAUACUGAAUUGACAGGUCUCAAAAAGUCUGGUAAUGAUUUAAGUACUACAAUUUUCGCGCUACGUAGAAUGACUGUAAAAAGUGCCUGCGAAGUGGAUAGAUUUUGCUGGCUACAUGAAAUUGAUGUGAUAAAGAAUGAACUCAAAAAUGCGGCCAUGAGCGAAAUGCUGUACAUACCAAAACACGCUCAAUGGGUAAAUGGAGUUGUAAAACCAAGGAAAUAUGAAGUAAUAAAGCAAGGGGAUAGUGCCCUUUGUGCUCCUUCAAGCAUUCGCAAGCCAUCAAUAGUUCAGACAUUUCAGCAAAUUAAAAAAGAGCCAAAGAAGCAGUUAAAUAAUCUGGAAACUAUCAAGACUGAAAGAGAAAAUAAGCGUCCAAAGGUUUCGAGUACAAAGGCAAAUGAAAACCAUGUCAAAGAUAACAUUACUGCUGAAACAUCACCACAAAACAAAGCAAGCACUCCGCCUGACGUAGUGCAAAAGAAGGGACAUAAGGAGUCUGUUAUCACUGUGGAUGUACCUCCAAUUAAAACAGAAGGUUCUGUAUCUAAGAGGGUAAAUGAAAAGACAAAGUUAAACGCAAAACGCCAUGAUGUAACUAGCGAGAAUGAUAAAGAAGAAGAUGUGACACUGUUUGGAUGCGAAGAAAAUGUUGAAGAGGAGAACCCACAACCUCAAAAAUCUGUACCAAGCACGCAUACAUAUAUCGAAAAGGUUACAAAGGAGAGGACAUAUGUCGACAGUGGAUAUUUUGUGGUUGAAGAAAAUGAUGAAUACGUACAAGUAUCAGCUCCAACCAAGAAUGAUUCAGUAUCUUCAUCGAAGAAAGAAAACAUAGGGCAACAAAAACCAGAUAUUAAGAAGCCGGUUCAACAAUCAACGCGUAAGAAUCUUAAUCAAUCUACCCUAAUGUCAUUCUUCAAAAAGUAAUAACAUGGGUCAUAUUCCCUUGUGUUUGAUUGAUAAUAAUUAAG